AUGUCAAUAAGAGAAGACGCGAAGUCGCGAUUCGCAGAAGGGGAAAGUUUCCCGACCGCGCCCUGGCGCGUUUACCUGUAUACGAGAAACAUUCGAAUGAGCAGUGGAACACGUGCAGGGAGGAGAUCAUCACGAGACGUGGACUUUGAUCGAGAGAUCCAAGCGGACGAAGAGACGUUUGAUCCUCGACACCCUCGCUCUGCUUUCUCUCUCUUUCCCCCAGAACAUCUCUUGUAUUGCGAAGAAUGCCACGAGAUCAAAUGUCCUCGGUGUGUGACUGAGGAGAUCAAUGCGACAUACUGUCCCGACUGUCUGUUUGAAAGUCCGAGAGUGAUGGCGAGAGGCGAGGGAAACAGAUGUCCUAGAAACUGUUUUCAUUGUCCCAUAUGCACGUCUCAGAUGAUCACGACAUCGGUCGGAGAUCCGAAGGAGGGCCCCUUCAUCCUGAAUUGCAACUAUUGCAUGUGGAACACUCUCGAAGUUGGGAUCAAAUUCGACAAAGGCACAGGCAUUCGUGGUCAGCUCGACGAAAUGGCGAACGGAGGCAAGUCAAGACAAGGAUCGUGGAAAUCUCCACUCCCGAGUCAAGAUGAUCCUCCUCGCAAGUCGUCUCUCUCUCAUCCUCCCUUUUCUCCUGGCGACGAUAUUGGAGCUGAAGCCCGAGAAAAGGCAGUGUCCAAAGCCCCUCUAGACGCAACGGCCAGAUUCAAUGCCUUGAAAGCCUUCUACAAACAACAAAUCACCGAAUCUUCCGCGACAGACGCGGGCUUUCCAACGUCAGCCCUCGACUUGGCCUAUUCUUCACCAUCCUCCCUUCAACGAAUAAUGAACAUCUACACCAACCGCGAAAAUUCCCUGAAGCGAGCCCGGCAAAAGCUCACCAUCAUGCGCGAAGCUCGAACAGCCAACGAAGGUCUGCAACUGACGGACGAAACGUCGUCAUCUGCUUCCUCUAGGAUCGAAUACGAAGAAACCACCACCUCUGCACAGAGAACAUUCCAGCUUCCUUCCUUCGUCGGGAACCCCGGCGCAUCGACAGUGUCUGAACUGAAACCAAUGCCGACCUUAAUGCGAACGAAACGUUCCAAACGCUGUGCAAGCUGCAAACACAUCCUGACUCGACCCGAACUGAAAAUUAGCUCGGCACGCUACCGCAUCAAACUGAUCGCAUUAAGUUACAUCCCCUUCGUGACCAUCAAACCGCUACCUAUUCCCGGUGGUCUCCUACCCCCGGGUCCUGAUGGAUCCGAUAUGGUACUUUCCGCCGGCAGACCCGUCCAAUUCAUCAUGACACUCCGCAACCCGCUCUUCGACGAUGUUAACGUCUCUCUCGGCAGCCCCAGCAUCACGCCCGGCCGGCGCGGGCAUCGAGUCACGAUCCUGUGCCCGCAAUUUCAAAUUGGAAAGAACAGCGACGCCUGGGACGACGCGCUGAAUGCAAACACGAAUACCAAUACCAAUACCAAUACUGUCACAUCAGAGCGCACAGCAGGCAACACGGCGUCAGGAGAACAGAUUGCCGGCAAACUAUACGAUCAGGGCCGGAAUUGGGCGAGCGUCGUGAUUGAAAUCAUACCUGCUGGUAUAGUGAGAAACCAAACCGAAGAGUUGGAAGAAGACGAGGAUGUGAUUGAGGUUCCCAUACGUGUUAGGCUCGAGUGGACGGUCACGGACGAGGAGACGGGGAUUGUGGAGAGGAGAAGAAAGGAUAAAAUGAUGGAGGAAGGGGAGGAUGUUGCGGAUGAUGGGAAGAGGGAGUUGAGUUAUUGGAUGGUCAUUGGGAUUGGGAGAGUUGCUGGUUGA